AUGAAUAAACUCAAAAUUGCUACUUGGAACAUAGAUGGUCUAACGCCUAAGAAAAAUGAAGAUGAAAACCUGCUAAAAAUUUAUAAUCUGGAUGCCUUGCUUAUUUCUGAGCCGCACCUUACAUCCAACAGCCAAAUACAUGUACAUAACUAUAAUGUGUAUUCAACAAAUCAUCCCGAUGGCACUGCACAUGGAGGCACAGCUAUUAUAAUUAGAACCUCCAUUGAACACUAUGAACUUCCACAAUUUCGAUCAGAAUCCAUUCAAGCCACCUCAAUAUCCAGGAUGAAAAUGGGAAUUUCUGUAUCUCCUCGGUUUAUUGUCCUGCAAAGCACGCUAUAA